CCAAGAAGCACCAUUUACGCCCAGUUGGCCCCGCCUUGAUAGCGGCGGCUUUCUGCCUUGCGCGCUCCACGGGGGUGAAGCCACUUCCGGACACGCUGACCUUAACAAAGAUGGCAGACGACGCGACCCGCCGGGUUGUGGCCGAGUUACCGUUGUUGAAGACGAAGGCAGGUCCGCGGGACCAGGAACUGUGGAUUCAGCGGCUGAAAGAAGAAUAUCAGGCGCUCAUUAAGUAUGUGGAAAAUAAUAAGAACGCUGACAAUGAUUGGUUCAGGCUAGAGUCCAACAAGGAAGGCACCAGGUGGUUUGGGAAGUGCUGGUACAUCCAUAACCUCCUGAAAUACGAGUUUGCUGUCGAGUUUGAUAUUCCAGUCACGUAUCCAUCCACCGCACCGGAAAUCGCCAUCCCAGAGCUGGACGGGAAAACAGCAAAAAUGUACAGGGGCGGUAAAAUAUGUCUGACGGACCACUUCAAACCCUUAUGGGCCAGGAACAUACCUAAGUUUGGUCUGGCUCACCUCAUGGCCUUGGGGCUGGGACCCUGGCUGGCCGUGGAGAUUCCGGACUUGAUAUCGAAGGGCCAAAUUGAGCACAAGGAGAAAUGAAACUGAGAGAUGGGGUGUGGCCUGCAGGUGGAGGUUAGGACUCACCUCUUCUUCUUGGCCUUGCCCCGCAACAGCAGCAGGCUCAAGUGUGUGCCAAUGACUUUGUCCUGUGCUUGUGUGUAUAACUUGUAGACCAUGGAUUGCCAGUCUGUUCACAGAACAUGACUCGCUAAUAAAAAAAAAGCAACCUUGUCCCUUCCUAGGA